AUGUAUAUAUCGUUUGAGCCUGUAUUCUUGGCCAAUGACCAACGAAAUGUGUACUCUGAAUGGCAAAGUUCCGUUUCAAUCGAGUCCAAUGACUCCAAAAACGCUAUUAAUGAACAUUCCAUCGUUUUACCGCCUAGACAAAAACAUUUACAGAUCAAAAUCGUACUGUUUUCCAAUGAAGAAAUGGUUCUUAAAGGUGUGACGCAGACACUCGCAAAUGCGUUCACACAAUGCUUGCAGUUUUGGCGAGAUCUGAACUAUCGAGUCACGGUUGACAUUGCAAGCGACAAUUGCGUUCUUUUGACGCUGGAAUGCCAGAUUUUCUCCGUUAUGAAGACCAAAAACCUGCUGGAACAGCCACUUUCUGUUCUUAAACAUAUGGAUUUGCAGCUCGCCACUAUCUCUGCCGUUACAGUGAACGCAACGCUCAGCAGUUCGUUGACACCGCUUGAAAUUGACGGUGUCGCUGUCGUCAAACACUGCAAUUUCUUCCUAGUGUCUCUGUUGAUAUCGCAGCUCGAAUUUCACUUCCCAUUGGUGUUUUCACGAGUGUGUCGUCUCAGAUUUCUGCAGCAAGAAGCGUCUUUGGGACCCGUAUCCUACGCGUUGACUAGUUCAGCAUCCCUGGUCCCCAAACUGGUGAAGAUCAUCUCCGAUGACAAGACCGCUACCACUUGCUACCGCAUCAUCGAAAUAUCUAGCGAUCGACGCAAACUGAAACGAAUGCUCAAGUUCAAAAAUGGAACCUCGCCAAUUCAAAUCCUCAAACAUUCUUGUAUUUGUACUUCAGACCACGCAAACUGCUGA